AUGAAGACGUCCGCCUUCCUCGCUGCCGCCGGCGCUAUCGCCGCCAUGGCCGGUCCCAUUGACAAGCGUGCCUUGGAGACCGAAUGGGUCUGGGAGACCGUCACCGUCACCGUUACCGAAGGUCAGGUGGUUGCCGCCGCGUCCGCGACUGUCAACGUUGCCGAGAAGCCCACCACGACCAGCACCGUCAUCGCCGCGUCUUCGACGACGUCUACCGAGAAGGAGGAGACGACGGCGGCUCCCGUCCCCGCCGUCCCCGCCCCCAGCGCCAUCACCAUCGUCACGACCUGGUCCUCGGCCUGGUCCUCUACCUGGUCGUCCGAGAUCGAGCCCACGGUCGUGACCACGUCCAUCUCUCCCGAGACCACGUCUGCCAGCACGUCGACGUCUGCCGAAGCCGUGCUCAACCCCAUCGUCGCGCCCUCGUCGACGACGUCGUCGGCCGCCGCCCCGUCCAACACGCUCAGCUCCUACGCCGGCACCAUGGUGAAGCAGCACAACUACCACCGCGCCAACCACUCGUCGCCCGACCUGACCUGGGACUCUGACCUGGCCUCGUGGGCCCAGAAUACGGCCGAGACGUGCGUCUUCGCCCACGACAUGAGCCAGGGCGACGGCAACUACGGCCAGAACCUGGCCACGUACGGCUCCACCGGCGACAUCGACUCGGCCAUGGUCAACUCUGCCAGGAGCGCCGUCACCGACCAGUGGUACAACGGCGAGGUCAACUCGUGGUCCUUCUACGGCCUGGCCGACCCCCCCUCCGGCGCCAACCUCGAGGACUGGGGCCACUUCACGCAGGUCGUCUGGAAGUCUUCCACAAAGGUCGGCUGCUACACGGCUAAGUGCGCCGCCGGCACCGUCCUGUCCUACGACGCCUGGUACACCGUCUGCAACUACAACCCUCCCGGAAACUACGGUGGAGAGUAUGGCAAGAAUGUCCUCGAGCCUCUGGGUGCUGCUACUGUCUCCGUCUAA